AUGGCGCCUGUCGACCGAACUUGGCCAAAACAUUGUGCCAUCAAUGAUGAUACGGAGUUACCAACUAUACCCAGGACAUCCUUGCAACGUAUUUUAAAGGAAUUGGGGUUUGAAUAUACAAAGAGAAACCGGAACAGCGCCCUUACCGAGAGAGGAGAUAUCGUGGUAUGGAGACAAAAAUAUAUUUUAGACAUACGACGUUAUAGGAAUGAGGGUCGAACAAUAUACUUUCUCGACGAGACAUGGGUAAAUGCAGGAGAGACUUGUAAUAAGGUGUGGAUGGACGAGACAAUAAAAUCGCAUAGAGAUGCAUUCCUAGAAGGACUGUCUACCGGGCCAAAAAAUCCGACAGGUAAGGGCAAGCGAUUAAUUGUUGUCCAUAUCGGCUCAGCAGAGGGUUUCGUCGAGGGUGGUCUACUGUGUUUUGAGUCCAAAAAAAACACAGCAGACUACCACGACGAAAUGAAUGGAGACACCUUCUAUGAUUGGUUCUGCGGAAUUUUGCCUAAAUUGAAAAAUAAUUCCGUAAUAGUCAUGGACAACGCUUCAUACCAUUCCGUCAAACUGGACCCCAUUCCCACAAUGGCUUGGAAAAAGGACAAAAUAGUGCAAUGGUUAAGGUCCAAAGGUUGUAAUAUCGAGACGCCGAUGGUCAAACAUCUGAUGAUGGACAAGGUCAGAGAAAUUCAACAUCUUCAUGACAAGUAUGAUCGACGAAGAAGCUUUGAAAUCGAAUAA